UUACCUAGGUACUUCGUCGCCAUCCCUGGCAGCCCGUACCCGUAUCUCAGUCCUGUUAUCAACAAGCUAACAAGGCCCCCUGUCAGUCGACUACGCUAGCUGGUCCCCGCCAAAAAGUUCUACAAUGGAGACUAAAAUUUUGAGAAGUUGCAGAUUCGCAUCCGGGCCCAAGACUUUUAUUCAAUUACACGUCAACAACGACGUUGGACGUGAAGUAUGGCGCCGAUCGAGAAGAAGAGAAAGAGCGGUCCAACCAACGAAUCUUUUGCGCGAUCACGAAAUCCUAGAGACGCAGAUAAUCGACCUUCCAAAAGACCAAGAGCGGAGGAGCAGGAAGGAGAACAAACGACCAGAGCAAAGAUCCCACAUGUGCCGAAGAUAUCACAAGUACGAGAUGAAGACAUUGCAUUUCCUCGAGGUGGUGCAAGUCUUUUGACACCACUAGAGCACAAGCAAAUCCAAAUUGAAGCUACUCGAGAUGUGUUGUUUGAGCAGGGCGGGAAAUCCACAAACGUUGAUGAUGCCGGGGAAGAUGGCGAAAAUACUAAAAAAAGGAAGCACAAAUCGAAGUCAAAGGAGAAAAGUAAAGGGAAGAAAGGUCAGGAAGCUACUGAAGCCGACGAAGAGGAUGUCAGGAUUGAGGGCUUGAGCUACAAGCGAUUAGUUACAGGCUCACUAGUACUGGGACAAGUCUCCCAGAUCAGUGAUCUUGACAUCGCCCUUUCCCUACCAAAUAAUCUCACCGGUUAUGUACCAAUCACUUCUAUUUCCGACAAGAUCACAGAGAGGAUCGAGGCGAUUGCUGCAGAUGAAGGAAAUGACGAGGAGACCGAGUUAGAGGAUGUAGACUUGCACAAACUAUUCACAGUCGGCCAAUAUCUUCGAGCAUACGUUGUUUCGACCAAGGAUGAUGAAGCGGUUGCAUCUGGCAAGGCAAAGAGGCAUAUAGAGUUGUCGCUUAAGCCCCAACAAUCGAAUAGUUCUAUGAUUUCCCAGAAUGUGGUGGCCAACAAUACCCUCAUGGCAUCCGUGGCAAGUGUAGAAGACCAUGGUCUCAUUAUGGAUCUCGGCCUUGCAGACCCAGAUAUUAGAGGGUUUAUGUCAUCGAACGACGUCGGUUACGGGGUGGAUAUCUCCAGCAUCCAAGAAGGAGCCGUUUUCUUGUGCACGAUCACUGGUCUCAAUUCUAAUGGCAAAACCGUCAAGCUGUGUGUGGAUCCGGCCAAAAUUGCACACCCGAAGAAGCCAAACUACCUGUCCGAAGCUCCAACAAUUGACGCUUUCGUCCCUGGUACUGCCGUAGAGAUACUGGUCGCAGAGAUCACUCCAAGAGGAAUCGCGGGAAAAGUCAUGGGUAUGCUUGACGUGACUGCCGAUCUGAUGCAUUCAGGUGCUGGAGCAGAUGGAAAGGAUUUGGAGAAGAAAUACAAGAUUGGAAGCAAAAUAAAGGGAAGGGUCAUCUGCACAUUUCCCAAUGCUCAACCUGCGAAAUUGGGGGUGUCGUUGCUUGACCACGUGAUGUUACUCGCAUCUCAGCUCGCCAUACAAGACAAAGAAAGGAAGAAUCCUCUAGACGUCUUACCUCUGUCUUCUAUUGUUGAGGAAGCCACAGUUACGAAGGUGGAGCCAGGAAUGGGUCUUUUCGUUGAUUUGGGUCUGAAAGGUGUUUCGGGGUUUGUGCAUAUAUCAAGAGUCAAGGAUGGAAAGAUCGAGACCCUCUCAGAAACUACUGGACACUACAAGACCGGCUCCAAGCACCGUGCACGAGUGAUCGGAUAUAAUCCUCUAGACGGAAUAUACCUCGUCUCAUUAGAGGAGUCGAUUCUGGCGCAGCCUUUUCUCCGGAUCGAGGAUGUGCCAAUUGGCGCAGUGGUCAGAGGCAAAGUUGAGAAGAUCGUUGUGAAUGAAAGGGGUGUGGGAGGCGUACUGCUGAAUCUUGCAGAGGGUAUCACUGGGCUUGUGUCAGAAGCGCACAUGUCAGACGUCCAGCUACUGCACCCUGAAAAGAAGUUCAAGGAGGGUUCUACGGUCACAGCCAGGGUUUUGUCAACAGAUCCUGGGAAAAGACAUAUUCGCCUCACACUAAAGAAAACACUGGUAAAUUCAGAUGCAUCCAUAUUUGUAUCCUACGAGGAUAUUGCGAUUGGCAUGCAGAGUCCUGGUACAAUUGUUAAUAUCCUCCCAAAUGGUGCCGUUGUACAGUUCUACGGAUCAAUCCGUGGAUUCCUUCCGGUGGCUGAAAUGAGCGAGGCAUACAUUAAAGAUCCUACCCAGCAUUUCCGUGUCGGGCAGGUUGUAAAUGUUCACGUUCUGAAUGUUGAUCCCGAGGAGGAAAAAUUGACUGUGUCAUGCAAAGAUCCUUCUUCUUUUGGGCUUGCUCAGCAAAUUAUCAUGAAGAAGUUGAAAGUGGGCGAGACUGUUUCCGCUGUGGUUACAGAGAAAUUAAACGACACCAUUUCUCUUGAUCUUCAAGGCCUUCGUGCCAGUCUUGCUGUGGCCCAUCUCACCGAUGGCUCGGCGCAAAAGAAUGCGUCUGCGCUGAAAAAGAUUCGUGUUGGACAAACUUUGACAGAUCUUCUGGUCCUCGAGAAGAACGAAUCUAAGCAUUUCAUCGUGUUGACAAACAAGCCAGGUCUUAUCGCCGACGCCAAAGCUUCGCUUCUCUUACGAAGUUUUGAAGACGUGAAGGAGAAUAAGGUCGUCCAUGGAUUUGUUAGAAAUAUCACUCUCACAGGAGUGUUUGUUCAAUUUGCAAGUGGUCUCGUUGGAUUAUUGCCAAAGGUCAAAUUGACGGAGGAUGCAAUUCGCCUCCCAGAUUUUGGUUUGAAAAAGGCGCAGACCCUUCAAGUCAGAAUUGUUAGAGUCGAUCAUGGGCAACAGAAUUUCCAAUUAUCUAUGAUUGAUGCUGCUACACCCAAGGCUUCAACCGAGAAGUCCGCUCCUUCUGUCGCUAUCAAUCAAGAAGCAUUGAAUCCAAUUGACACAACACUCCAGAGUCUUGACGACCUCACGUUAGGUAGAUUGACAAAGGCAAAGAUUGUCUCGAUCAAGGACACACAGAUCAACGUUCAGCUUGCAGACAAUAUCCAAGGUCGGAUAGAUGUCUCACAAAUCUUCGACUCCUGGGAUGAAAUAAAAGAUCGCAAGCGGCCCCUCCGCUCGUUCUCGCCAAAGCAGAUACUGAAUGUUCGUGUCCUGGGUAUACACGAUGCGCGAAACCACCGAUUCUUACCAAUAUCACAUCGAUCAGGCAAGACUCUGGUUUUCGAGCUGUCCGCCAAACCGAGUGACCAGAGCAGUAAGGUCCAGGAUCCGCUCGUGCUUGACCAGGUCAAGCCCGGAUCUUCCUGGAUUGCUUAUGUGAACAACAUACAAGAGAGCUACGUCUGGGUAAAUCUCUCUCCGAACGUACGUGGCCGGAUUCUUGCUCUGGAUAUUUCAGAUGAUGUGUCCAAAUUGAAGGACCUGGAGUCAAACUUCCCUGUCGGAUCAGCAAUCAGAGUCCAUGUCAAGCAUGUUGACGCUGCGAACAAUCGCCUUGAUUUGUCCGCUCGGUCGGCACAGUCUUCGGAGCCAUUGACCCUCAAGAGCUUAAGCAAAGGAAUGGUCGUGCCCGGAAAGGUCACAAAAACCACUGAGAGACAUAUUAUGGUACAGCUCAGUGAUAGUCUCUCGGCCCCUGUCAAUCUUACCGAUCUAGCCGACGACUACUCGGAAGCAGAUCCUACAAAGUACUCAAAGAAUGAGAUCAUUCGGGUUUGUGUUACAGAUCUUGAUCUUCCGAACAAGAAGAUUAGACUAUCCACACGACCCUCAAGAGUUUUGAAUUCAUCUCUCGAUGUAAAAGAUCCGGAGAUAUCAACGGCGUCUCAGGUAAAGCCCAACGACAUCGUGCGUGGUUUUGUCAGCAAUGUCUCCGACCGUGGUUUGUUUGUGAACUUGGGCGGGAAUGUUACUGCCUGGGUUCGUGUUGCUGAGCUAUCGGACUCCUAUAUCAAGGAAUGGCAGAACGAGUUUGAGGUUGAUCAGCUUGUGAAAGGGAAAGUCACUUUGGUUGAUUCCGCCAAAAAUCACGUCCAAAUGAGUUUGAAAGCUUCUGUCAUUGACAAGGACUACGUUGCUCCACUGGGCUUCCACGAUCUUAAAAUCGGUCAAAUAGUGACUGGCAAGGUGAGAAAAGUGGAGGAUUAUGGAGUAUUCAUAGUGAUUGAUGGAUCGAACAACCUCAGUGGGCUAUGCCAUCAGUCUCAAAUGGCAGACAAGAGCCGAGUCGUCGAUGUAAAGAAGCUUUACGAGGAGGGAGAUGCUGUCAGAGCAAAAAUCCUAAGUCUUGAUAGGGAGAAGAAGCGAAUCAGUUUCGGCCUCAAAGCAUCGUACUUCGAUGAUGGCAUCGAGUCCGAGGAUAACAGCGAGGAUGAAGAUCUCAGUGAAAUGCAAGGCGUCAAGAUCUCCGGAGACUCCAGUAAUGAAAAAGAGGACGAGGUUGGUGGAAUUGAUCUGAAUGACGUUGAAAGCAUUGACAGCGAUGAGGAUCAAGCUGGUGCAAAUUCAGACGAAGAAAUGCCAGAUGUGGAUGAAACCGAUGUGCCAGCUCUUAGCGCAGGAGGAUUUGACUGGUCAGCCAACGUUCUUGACGAGGUGGACAACCGAUCAGACGGCGGGUCUGACAACGAAGGGGGCGACGAAAAGCCCAAGAAGAAGAAGCGCAGGAAGGCAGAAAUUACGGUUGAUCGAACCGGUGACCUGGAUGCCAACGGGCCACAAUCCAUUAGCGAUUUUGAGCGUUUACUUCUGGGUCAACCAGACUCCUCCGCCCUUUGGAUUCAAUACAUGGCUUUCCAGAUGCAACUCAGCGAACUUAGCAAAGCAAGAGAGAUCGCCGAGCGUGCCAUCAAAACAAUCAACAUACGCGAAGAGACCGAAAAGAUGAACGUAUGGAUUGCCUUGCUCAAUUUGGAGAAUGCCUACGGAAGCGAUGAGACAGUAGAGGAGGUUUUCAAGCGAGCAUGCCAAUACAACGAUGCGCAAGAGAUCCACGAAAGACUUACCAGUAUCUACAUCCAGUCUGGCAAGCACAGCAAAGCCGACGAUCUCUUUCAGGUGCUGGUCAAGAAGUUCUCCCAAUCCCCCACCGUCUGGACAAACUACGCUCAUUUCCUCCUCAAUACCCUCUCCUCCCCAGACCGUGCUCGUGGCCUCCUCUCGCGCGCCAAACAAUCACUCCCACCACACACCCACAUCGCUCUCACGCUCAAAUUCGCGUCUCUCGAGUUUCACUCCGCAGCCGGGUCCCCCGAGCGAGGUCGCACCAUGUUCGAGGCCCUCCUCACCACUUUCCCCAAACGUCUCGAUAUCUGGAACCAACUGCUGGAUCUGGAAACUACGCAGGGUGAUAAAGAUGUUAUCAGAGGCGUAUUUGAGCGCAUGGUUAAGACGAACAAGGCAUUGAAGCCGAAGCAGGCUGUGGCGUGGUUUAGGAGGUGGAGCGAGUGGGAGGAGGCGAAUGGUGAUAAGAAGAGUCAGGAGAAGGUGCUUGCAAAGACACAGGAAUGGGUUAUGGCUGCGGCAGCGAAGAAGGAAAAGGCGAAGGAUGGUGAUGAGGAGUAGUUGAGCUUACUUCCGAGAAAGAGAUCGCAUUCUGCAUAGCAUGGAGUAAAGGACAUAAAAGCAUCGACGCACGCCCAAGACGGGCUUUUCUUUGGUGAUGGGUACUGUAUGCUAGACGAAUGAAGACAAUUCCUGAGAGAUGCGCAAUGGAGUCAUUUCUCUAAUCUCAGUGUGAAUUUGCCGUAAAUGAAAUGGAUCCAUCUCGGUCUCCGCAGGAGUUUAGCUUUCUAUUUUUUGUUUGUGAAGUAGUGGCAUCAAUGCCUCGCUAAAGAAAAUAGUAUCUAGAGUCUCCCAGCAUUCGGCCAUGGGCCUUAUAUCUGACUUCUGGGCGAAGGGCAAAUAAAUUCUAGCUACGCAUGAGAUUUCCUUGAGAAAGAGUCGAAUACCACACGUGACUCGUCGAUCAGUAUCUGGUUGUGACGACGUCAUCCAUUUUGUGAACUUCAUA